AUGUCGGCCCUCUCUGAGGCCUCGACGCCGGCCCAGGACGCCGCCCCUCCGUCCAUCGACACCCAGCACCUCCACCAGGGCCCGCUCCACCCCGACCUCCACCACCAGCAGGCUCUCCAGAACGGCUCCGUCUCCGCCCCUGUUAGCGACAAUGGCAGAAAGCGUGAGUCCCCCGUCCUCCCCGUCUCUCUCGCCGUCGCUCAGCCGUUAGACCCCAGCAAAGGCGCCAGCUGUUUGAAGCGAGGCCUCGGGGCACAGUGUGCCUACCCCGACCCGGAGGCAGACCACACUCAAAAUCAACCUCAACCUCCAGCGCAAGUUCCCUUUGCGCCUCCUCCCAUGUACCCUCCACCGGCGAUGCACAACCUCGGCCAGCCCCCCCACUACUAUGAAUACAACAACACUUUCGCGGGGGCUUCCACCUCUACGUUCCGGCCAAACAAGCGACCACGAAAUCUCACAGAAGAGGAGGCCGCUGCGAUCACACGCAACUUCACUCGUGGUGAUUUCUUCGUCGGCAGCAGUGCCCCCGUCCGCAUCGACCCCCGUCUCCCCGUGAGGCUCACCCUCGCCGAGGGCGACCAGCAGUCUCGUAUCUGUAUCUCUGUCACUCGCACGUUGUUUUCGUACCUCUUGCUUUGUAACGCAUGUGUCGUGUUUGGCCGGUUCCCAUUACAUUGA